AUGCCCAAACUCCCCCUCCAAUUUCAAAUAAAAACAUCACCGUCGAUUCAUGCAUUGAAGAAAAAUCAAGUUCAAUCAAUCAUCAGAUCAAACAUUACCAUUACAUCCCGGAAGAAAAGGCCGAUAUGGGAUCAUUGAACUUCUCCUUAGCGCCAUCCUCGAUGUAUCGUCACAAGUUUCUACCCCUUUCCCCGGCGAAGAGACGGCCACCACCAUCACCUUUAUCAGUACUGCCCGCUAGGAUCUCUGCCAUGAGGAAGAGAGAGUCCGAUGGUGGCAGUGGUGGCAGCAGGCGAUGGGGUAUGGUGGAUGAGAACAUGAUAGUGCUGAGGAAGCGGAUAAGGGAGAUCGAGACGGUGGAGCAGAAGUACGAGCCACCGGCAGAGUGGAUGGACUGGGAGAAGCGCUACUACACCACCUACAGUUCCGUGAUAUGCGACGUGAUGCGGAUGCUGCAGUCGCGGCUGAUGGACACACGGCCCGGUGUCGCCCUAGGACUUGCUGCUCUCGUUGCCUUCAGUGUCCCGACCUCCUCAGCCGUGAUUCUCCUCCACUUGGUCGAGGUCGUCAAGGGGAUAUUGCAGCUGGGAUUCACCUCCUCUCUUAUUAACUAGGUUGCCGCCCUUUGUAUUUUCCUCCGAGUUUUUUUUUUUUGCCUUCUUUUAUUCUUUAGUUUGUAUUAUAUUUUGGGUUCGAACUUUUAUUGGCACUUGCAGAUAUAACAUGAGGUGCGGCAAUUGAUCAUAUUGUAUAUAGUUACAAGUGUACAUAACAAAUUUCGAGUUUGAAACAAAACAGAAAAUUCACGUGACAAA